UCCCUUCCAUGCCAUGUGGUGGAAAAUCAGCAAUUUACUUUCACAAAUUUCACCAAUUUAACCCAAUUUUGUUGAGAUCGCGCCUCAUCCUUUUGAUAAACAAAUUGUUCUAAACGUAGUUAUGGCAUCUCUCGAACAAUUGAGAAAGAAAUCAUUGAAGAAAAAGAAGAAAAUGAAGAAGAUGUUGAAGGAGGAUGUUGAAACUAACAAGCAAGAUGAUGAAGUCAAAGGCAUAAACGAUGCAUCUGAAUCUGAUUCACUGGAAGAAGAAAUCCAGAACAAAAGGCAGAAGAAAAAGGUUUCACAAAAUGAAGAAGAGGCUGCAAGAAGCUUGGAAAAAGUAGCAGAUGAUGCAUCAGAUUCACAAGAAGAUGAAGUGAAGACCAAAAAGAAGAAGAAAAAGAAGAGAAAGGCUGAAUCUACAGAGGAAGGAGAGACAACUGAACCAAAGAAAAUGAAGAUGUCCUUAGAAAAUAUGGUUGAAGAGAAAAGUGCAGACUCUGGUGAUGAAGAAAAUGGAGUGGAAUCAAAGCUUCCUGGCAGUUCACUUGGAAUGAGCAUCAUGACCGACACGUCCUUUGAAUCAUUAGCGGGUAGUGUCAGUGAGAGCACUUUGAAUGGGGUCAAGGACAUGGGCUUCACACAUAUGACAGAGAUUCAAGCCAAGAGUAUACCACAUCUACUAGAGGGAAGGGAUGUAAUGGGUGCUGCUAAAACGGGAAGUGGAAAGACGCUGGCUUUCUUAAUUCCAGCCAUUGAACUGCUGUACAAGUUAAAGUUUAUGCCAAGAAAUGGAACUGGUUGUAUCAUUAUCUCGCCAACUCGUGAGUUGUCAAUGCAGACGUUUGGAGUCUUGAAAGAGCUAGUGAAGCAUCAUUGUCAUACGUAUGGCCUUGUGAUGGGCGGGGCCAACCGGGCAGAAGAAGCCAAGAAGUUAUCACGGGGAAUCAAUAUCCUAGUCGCAACUCCUGGGCGUCUGUUGGAUCAUUUGCAGAACAGUCCUGAUUUUAUGUACAAGAAUCUUCAGUGUCUCAUCAUUGAUGAGGCAGAUAGAAUCCUUGAUAUCGGGUUCGAGGAGGAGAUGAAACAGAUUAUCAAACUUCUGCCAAAGAGGAGACAGACUAUGUUGUUCUCAGCCACACAGACAAGAAAGACGGAAGAUCUUAUCAAAAUCUCCCUGAAAAAGGAGCCACUGUAUGUGGGAGUGGAUGACAAGAAGAUAAUGGCCACUGUUGAAGGUUUGGAACAGGGUUAUGUUGUGUGUCCUGUGGAAAAGAGGUUCCUCCUCCUCUUUACAUUCCUCAAAAAGAACCGAAAGAAAAAAGUCAUGGUCUUCUUCAGCUCCUGUAUGUCAGUCAAGUAUCACAAUGAACUCCUCAACUACAUAGACCUGCCCGUAAUGUGUAUUCAUGGUAAACAAAAGCAAGCCAAGAGAACACAGACGUUCUUCCAGUUCUGUAACUCCAAGGAAGCGAUCUUGCUGUGCACAGACGUUGCUGCUCGAGGUCUUGAUAUCCCGGCUGUUGAUUGGAUCGUGCAGUUUGAUCCUCCAGAUGAUCCCAAGGAAUAUAUCCAUCGAGUGGGUCGAACAGCCAGAGGGGAAGGUGGCAUUGGUCAUGCAUUACUCAUCCUUACGCCAGAGGAGUUGGGCUUCCUGCGCUUUUUGAAGCAGGCCAGGGUCCCCUUGAACGAAUUCGAAUUCUCAUGGAGCAAGAUAUCUAAUAUUCAACCACAAUUGGAGAAACUAAUAGAGAAGAACUACUUCCUCCACCGGUCGGCCCAGGAUGCCUACAAGGGAUACAUCAGAGCAUAUGCCUCACACAGUCUCAAGACCAUCUUCGAUGUUCACAAGGUGGAUCUGACAAAGACAGCAUUGUCGUUUGGAUUCAAAGUGGCACCAUUUGUUGACCUCAAUGUUCACAGCAGCAAAGGCGCCAAGAUGACCAAGAGAGGAGGAGGGGGUGGUUUUGGAUACACAAAUAAAAAGAAAUUUGAAAAGUCCAAGAUCUAUAAACAUGUGAGCAAAGGCUCUAAAUCUUUCUCAAGAUGAGAGGAACUGAAACAUGAAUUAAUGGAUUGAUAACUUUCAGGCCACUGAUCUUAAUACUAUAACUGUAGGUCGGAGAUACAUGCCCCAGUAACAUGAUAACUCCUGGUUGACAGAUCUAGAGCACAGUCUCAAUCAGUCAGGAGUUGAACAAUCAACAAAAAACACACUCUGCAAAAAUAUUAAGAUAUAAAUAUUUGUCGGUGAUGAAAAACUAUUCAAUAAUUUUUAUGGUCUUAUAAUGUGUAAGACAUUGAGCAUUGUUGUAACUGUAUCAUAUUGAACUAUUUCCUGCAAUAAACUUGAUAAACUUA